AUCUACGUACCUGGCUGGGUUCGCUUCGUUAUAAAUAUGAAAAAAAAUCAUUUCUUUUUUAGGCUCCUUUUAUGCAGCAGUAGCCAGUCGUAAGUAGUAACAGUAAUUAUUUGUUAUUAAUUAUUAAUUUUUUAUAUCUUUGGUGUAAUAAAAUAUGCAAGUGGGUUGUCUGAGCUUUUCUUUGGCUCUUGGGUUCAUCCAAGCAUUCAAUCACAGAGAGGUAAAUCUCCACAGUUCUUUCUACAGCUUUUCUCUUCUUUCUAUUUUUAGCUGCUUCACUUCAUUGUCUGAUCCAAUCACUGUUGCACACAUGUUGAUGUUGCUAUUUCGGAUUCUGUUUAUAUCAUUGUAAUGAUCUGGAAACGCCUCUGGAUCUAUAGAUUCUGUUGAAUAUUGCUCGACGGAUCUCUGUUUUGUGUUGUGGGAAUUGGGUAGUUGAUUGUUUAUGAAGGGGAAUGUUGUGAUUGAUUUCACAUUUCCGUGACUAUUUUCUCUCUUUUCUUUGGCGGAAUGGUUUUCGAUUUUUCUGGCAAAAGGGUGUUGGCGAGUGCAGUUGAAAGAUGUGCAGCUUAGGCGGGGGUGUGAGAUCUUGUUGAGGCCUAAAUGAAUCCAUCCUCCGAAAGCGAAAUGGAUCCAGAGCCGAAGAAAGCUGAGGAUUUGCCAUCAAACUCUGAAAAUUCCCAUGGGCCAGUUCACCCUCAAUCACCAUUCCCAGAUGAAGUGCUAGAGAAAGUCCUCUCAUUCGUAGAUUCACAUAAAGACAGGAGCUCAAUCUCCCUUGUGCGCAAAGAUUGGUAUAAUGCUGAGAGAUGGACAAGAUCAAAGCUUUUUAUUGGAAACUGCUAUGCAGUGUCACCAGAAAUAGUGGCUAGAAGGUUCCGAAGAAUUAAGAGUGUUACACUUAAAGGGAAGCCAAGAUUUUCGGAUUUUAAUAUGUUGCCACUGGAUUGGGGUGCUAAUGUGCAUUCUUGGUUGGUUAUGUUUGCCAAAGUUUACCCGUUCUUGGAGGAGCUGAGACUUAAGAGGAUGACCAUCACUGAUGAGGGUCUGGAGCUCUUGGCGAAGUCAUUCCCUGGCUUCAAGGCUUUAUCUUUGUCCAGUUGUGAUGGAUUCACUGAAAAUGGGCUCAAAGCAAUUGCCAGUCAUUGCAGGCACUUGACUGAGCUCAACAUACAGGACAGUAUAACAGAGGAAGUUGGUGGAGGUUGGUUGAGUUGCUUCCCGGAAAACUUUGCUUCACUGGAAAUACUAAACUUUUCUAGUCUCAAUGGUGAUGUCAAUUUUGAUGACUUGGAGAGACUUGUGAGUCGGUGCAAACUAUUAAGAGUUCUGAAGGUCAAUGAGAGUAUUACCUUGGAUCAAUUGCAACGGCUGCUUGUGCACGCUCCUAGAUUAACAGAGCUUGGCACCGGUUCCUUCCAGCAAGAACUCACGCCUCGCCAAUAUGAAGAGAUUGAAACUGCAUUUUGUAAUUGUAGAAAUCUCCAGGUUCUUUCAGGUUUGUGGGAAGCAACUUCCUUAUAUCUCCCUCUUCUUUAUGGAGCUUGUGCCAGCCUGACUUUCUUGAACUUGAGCGAUGCGCCCCUUCAAAGUGGUGAAUUUGCAAAGCUUCUUGCUUACUGCCCCAAUUUACGAUGCCUUUGGGUAAUUGAUACAGUAGAAGACAAGGGGCUCGAGGCUGUUGGUUCGAGCUGUCCCUUGCUUGAAGAGCUACGAGUCUACCCUGCUGAUCCAUAUGACCGGCAUCAUCGUGAUGGGGUGACUGAAUUAGGUUUCUUGGCAGUGUCUCGUGGAUGCCCCAAACUCCACUAUGUUCUCUACUUCUGCAGGAGGAUGACUAAUGCUGCUGUCGUGACCAUAGUGCAGAACUGCCCUGAUUUUACCCACUUCCGUCUAUGCAUUAUGACCCCAGGCCAACCAGAUUACCUCACAAACGACCCCAUGGAUGAGGCCUUUGGCGCUGUUGUCAAAACCUGCAUGAAAAUUAAGAGGCUUUCAGUUUCGGGCCUUCUAACUGAUCGAACAUUUGAGUAUAUUGGCAAGUAUGCGAAAGAUCUUGAGACACUGUCUGUGGCUUUUGCUGGCAGCAGCGAUUGGGGAAUGCAGUGUAUCAUGGAAGGCUGUCCUAAGCUGAGGAAGCUCGAGAUUAGAGAUUGCCCCUUUGGAGAUGCUGCUCUGCUGUCUGGACGAGAGAAAUAUGAGAUGAUGCGAUCAUUAUGGAUGUCCACGUGCAGUGUGACCAUGAAAGGCUGCAGACUACUCGCAAGGGAGUUUCCAAGACUCAAUGUAGAAGUGAUUAGAGAGGAGGGAGGUGAUGAAGAUCAAGCUCACAAAGUGUACGUCUAUCGUUCUGUAGCAGGGCCAAGACGGGAUGCCCCGCCAUUUGUUCUCACAGUUUGACAGUGAAGGGAAAACCAAAACCAUUCUUGAACAACACUUCUAUAUGCUUGGGGGUCAGAAGUAAUGAAAAGUGAAGUGGUUUUGUGCAGAGAUACUUGUAUUGGAAAAUUGAAGUUUUUCAAAGAAAAUAUAAAUAAGAGAGGAGGUAAGUAGUGAAGUUUACAUGGAUAUGAGGCCUCCAGUAUGUGAAUUUGUAGGGGGGGCAUUUUCUUUGUCAAUUCUUGAAAAAUUAGUAGAGAAUCAAAUUCCACGAGAAGAUCUCUGCCCCCUUAGUUGAUUUUUUCCCUAUGUUUCUUGUUGUAUUGUUGUCAAUGGCUUAAGGCUGUUAGAAUUCGUAGCCAACGAACGAUUAACGGUGAUGAGGUGGCGCUACGCGUUCGUGGCGAGUGUCAGCUGUAUCUGAAAGAUCUUAUAUCAGAAAGGUGGAGCUGAUUGGAAGUUGAAUGGUAGUUAUUUAUGGUGUUAGUUUUAACAUCAUUUGUGUAAGUGCAUGGGAUGUUCACUAAUCUGGGAUUAAGGAUGGAUAAUGAGGUACAUGUUGUUUUAGGUAAUUGUUACUAUGAUGUUUCUCCUUUGACUCUCAUCAUCAACAUCUUUUCUUCUGUACAUGCAUGAAUUUUGUGAGGAAUGCCAGUUUCAGGCUUUGAAAUU